UAUGGGAAUGUUUUUAAACCAUGGAGUAUACUCCGUGUUGUAAACGAAAGUGUAAUGUGAUUUUAUUCCGACCUGGCGUUGAUGAAAAUUGAUAGCUAAAACCUUUCCCAACUAGAGUUUUAUGCUGUAUUCUAACUAUAAAUUACGUAGUACUCUAAAAUGAUUCGCUCAAAAUGCUUUUCUGGCCUAUUUUGGGCAUUUUCAAAACAUAAGUACUAUCGAUAUGUGUAUAAACAUUUACAUGGAACCGAUUCAAAAACUGAGAAACUUACUACUUUUAAAGAAAAAUUAUCUAGUGGUCCACCGUUAUCAUCGUUUAUUACCAAAGAUCAAAAGGUUAAGGUUGCUGAUGGUGUACCUUAUCUUCCCACUGAAACAAUAAACAAAUCGCGAAAAGUUUACAUUGAGACUUAUGGAUGUCAGAUGAAUGCUAGUGAUACAGAAGUCGUGCUAUCUAUUUUGCAGAAUUCUGGUUUUGAAAUUACAAAAGAUAUAAAUGAUACAGAUGUCAUAUUUAUAGUCACUUGUGCAAUCCGUGAAGGAGCUGAGCAAAAGAUUUGGAAUAGACUGAAAUAUUUUAGUCACUUGAAAGCAAAGCAUGAUUUGAUUUCUCAGCAUUCAUUGAAAAUUGGAGUUCUUG